CUUUAUUUUGAAGCCUUUGCUCCUGGACAAUAAAAGUGAGAAUAAAAGGCGCAAUGCUGAGCACAGCAGAGUUUGUUUGACUUUGCUGUGCUGAGAUUCAAGCGGGAGAAUCUGGAUUACAAGGAAACACUAAAAGUCAGUUUAGUCCGCUCAGUGUCUUCUCGUCUCUCCUGCCUUCUCCAUGCAGCCGGCCGUCAGUGUCUGGGUGCGGGACCCGCGGAUACGAAAGAAUGACUUUUGGCAUGCCUACAUAGACUAUGAAAUUUGUUUACAUACUGACAGUGUGUGCUUCACUAAGAAAAUCUCCAGUGUAAGACGGAGGUACAGUGAGUUUGUAUGGCUUAGGCAGAAGCUACAAGAAAAUUCCAUGUUGAUGGUACAGCUGCCACAACUUCCCCCAAAGAACCCCUUCUUUAGCCUGAACAAUGCCCAACAGAUCACAGAGCGAAUGAAAGGCCUCCAAAAGUUUCUGGAACAGAUCCUUCAGAGCCCUCUGAUUCUGUCCGACAGUUUGCUGCAUCUUUUCCUGCAGUCGCAACUCAACAUGUCCAACAUGCAGGCCUGUGCAGCUGGAAGGACGCGUUACUCUGUAGCCCAGGCAAUCCAGAAAUGUGGUCUAAGGCGGUUUAAUUCAGAGGAAGAUCUGCAAAAGGACCUGUGCACGUCAUGUGACUCUGAUUCUGAUAGUUCUGAUUGUCGAGAUCCAGAACCUCGGAUUAAGGAUUUGGCAUUACACAAAGCAGCCAGCACAGCUUUACUUGGUCUCAUGGGCACUAGCCAGGAGGAAAACCUCAGCAGCUCAUCUGAUUCGACAUGAAAAUAUUUUAGAAAUGUUUUGAUCUGAGAGGAAGAUAUCUGUCUGUUACAUUGUCAUACUGCACUUUUUUUUUUUUACUUUCAAUUGUUUCGCUUCAUGGCAUUUCAUGUACAGCACAAAGUAGUUAAAAUGCACUUUUUAAAAAUCCUUGUUUAUGUGUCUCUUUUUAUGUACUGCUUUAAGGUAAUAGCAACAAUUAACCUGAAGAUGGCAGUGUUGUUACAUCCAUCUGAUGAUGAACAUAUACUGUAAUUGUCUAUAUUGACUUCAUAA